AUGUCGAGUUUGGAGGAGCCACUAGCCUUUGACAAGUUGCCAAGUAUGACCACCAUUGAUAGGAUUCAAAGAUUCUCGUCUGGUGCUUGUCGGCCCAGGGACGAUGCCGCCAUGGGACACCGCUGGAUUGACGGAAGAGACUGCACCACGUCAAACACUUGCAAUGAUGAUGACAAAAGCUUUAGUAGAGAGUCCUUUCCGUGGAGAAGGCAUACUCGGAAAAUAUCGGAAGGCGAGCAUCUACUUCGGAAUUUUUCAACUUCAGCAAAGCAUUCUACAGUUUCUGGGACUUUAUGGGAAUCCAAUAGUUUUCAAGAGCAUAAGUAUAGCACAGUUAGGAAGGAGAAUGGCAUACCACAUUCAUGUGACAAGAUCUUUAGAGGUAUACCAAAAUUUGUGAAGAUUGUAGAAGUUGGUCCAAGGGAUGGCCUGCAGAACGAGAAAAAUAUAGUACCCACAUCUGUAAAGGUGGAACUUAUUCAGAGAUUAGUUUCUUGUGGAUUGCCCGUUGUCGAGGCUACAAGUUUUGUAUCACCUAAAUGGGUUCCUCAGCUUGCAGAUGCAAAGGAUGUAAUGGAUGCAAUAAGCACGCUAGAUGGGGCUAGAUUGCCGGUUCUUACACCGAAUCUAAAAGGCUUUGAAGCGGCUGUAUCUGCAGGUGCUAAGGAAGUUGCAAUCUUUGCAUCGGCUUCUGAGUCAUUCUCUUUGUCAAAUAUCAACUGUACCAUUGAAGAGAGUCUCUUGAGAUAUCGUGCUGUUGCCACUGCUGCAAAGGAGCAUUCGGUUCCCAUCCGUGGGUAUGUAUCCUGCGUUGUGGGGUGUCCAGUGGAGGGAGCCGUUCCACCCUCAAAAGUGGCUUAUGUUGUGAAAGAACUCUAUGACAUGGGCUGCUUCGAGAUUUCUCUAGGUGAUACAAUUGGAAUUGGCACUCCUGGUUCUGUGGUUCCCAUGCUUGAAGCCGUGAUGGCAGUUGUGCCAGCAGAGAAGCUGGCUGUUCACUUCCAUGAUACGUACGGGCAAGCGCUUGCAAACAUAUUGGUGUCUCUCCAAAUGGGAAUAAACAUAGUAGACUCAUCAGUUGCUGGAUUAGGCGGCUGCCCAUAUGCAAAAGGAGCUUCAGGGAAUGUGGCCACAGAAGAUGUUGUUUACAUGCUCAACGGUUUAGGCAUCCAAACCAACGUCGACUUGGGAAAGCUUAUAGCUGCUGGAGAUUUCAUCAGCAAGCACCUAGGCCGUCCCAACGGUUCCAAGGCUGCGGUUGCCCUUAACCGUCGGAUCAUAGCUGAUGCCUCCAAGAUAUAA